GGACGGGUGCCCUGAAGGACAAAUACGAGACGGUGCAUUAACCUUUGGCCAUUAUUAGAAACUGUAAUCACUUUACAGCAGACCUUUGCAACAGACUGACCAGCAAAACUAUACCGGGCUGGAUCAAUAGGGCUGCAAAGCUAGGAACUAUGUUUCCUUGCGUUCUACCGGCAGAGUGGGUUGAGCCUCCAGAGUGCGAUUGUAAGCCUACUCCAUAUCGUUUCAUAGCAAAGGAAUCUAAAAUAACUCAAUGUUUAAAAAACCCUUCUAGUUACAGACGGUGAAGACCGUGAAACAUCGCUUUCCCCAGCAAUGUCAUUUUCGUCAAACACUCCAUUGAGAGGUAACGGCCAUCGAGCAACCGAAUCAAGGACAUCCUAUUCAUCUACAACAUCCAAAUCAGGCAAGUCCUCGACACGACUUGUUUCAGCGUCAGACGUCACUACUAGAAAGGAUCGCGCUACGGAUACGGACACGAGAUCCAAGCACAGCAAAACAGCCUCCUCUAGUGUAUACUCGGAUAGGAAACAGAGCUCGGCAGGCAUAGAGUCGAGUGAACGAGGGAAGCGAGCUUCAUCUAUAACCAGCAAUACGAUCCAUAAUAAAUCUCUACCAAGGCGAUCUUCCACACCUAUAUCCGUACGCCUUUCACAUUCUGCGAAUGAUAACGACUCGGAUCUUUUUAUUAUUCAAGCUGUGUCGCCCUUCUCUGACGAUGAUGAUUAUGUCAGUGACUCUGGGUCAUUUCCCAUCAAGGAACCCAAUAGUGCCCGACCAGAAGUGGUGCGAUCAGCAACGCAAUUGUCAUUGAAAGCAUCGGUUCAAGAGUUGGAAAAGCAAUAGUUGAGAGAUUUAUACCUUUUUUUUAAACAAAAA